AUGGCUCCUUUAAACUGUUCUAGAUUAACCAUGAUCAUGAGCAUGACUCUCUUUGUCCUCAUCAUAGUAGGGAGUGUCAAUGCACAACUUUCUACAACUUUUUACUCAACUUCUUGUCCCAAACUCUCUUCCACAGUGCAAUCCACAAUGCAAUCUGCAAUAUCAAAGGAGGCUCGGAUUGGUGCUUCAAUUCUUCGAUUGUUCUUUCACGAUUGCUUUGUCAAUGGAUGUGAUGGAUCCAUCCUACUCGAUGACACAUCAACCUUUACCGGAGAGAAGAAUGCAAACCCAAAUAGAAACUCAGCUCGUGGAUUUGAAGUCAUUGAUAAUAUAAAAACAGCCGUGGAGAAUGUAUGUCCCGGAGUCGUAUCAUGUGCUGAUAUCCUUGCUAUUGCCGCAGCAGACUCCGUUACACUUCUUGGAGGUCCGUCGUGGAAUGUAAAACUUGGAAGAAGAGACGCUAAGACGGCGAGUCAGUCUGCUGCUAAUACAGCCAUCCCAGCACCAACUUCUAACCUUAAUACACUCAUCUCAAUGUUUGCUGCAGUUGGUCUUUCCACCAAGGACUUAGUCACGUUAGCAGGUGGUCACACAAUUGGACAAGCAAGGUGCACAACGUUUAGGACAAGAAUCUACAAUGAGAGCAACAUUGAUACUUCUUUUGCUACUACGAGACAAUCAAACUGUCCAAAUGCAGCAGGAUCUGGGGAUAACAAUUUGGCACCUCUUGAUCUUCAGACUCCCAUUUCCUUUGAUAAUAACUACUUCAAGAAUCUUGUUCAGAAGAAAGGUCUUCUCCAUUCAGACCAACAGCUUUUCAACGGCGGAUCUACCGAUUCUAUAGUGAGUGGAUAUAGUACUAAUCCAACCUCUUUUUCAUCUGACUUUGCUGCUGCUAUGAUCAAGAUGGGGGACAUAAGUCCUCUUACGGGAUCAAAUGGAGAGAUUAGGAAGAAUUGUAGAAAACCAAACUAA